AUGCCACUGUACACAAAGUUCCUAAAGGACCUCCUCACAAAAAAGAGAAAGUACAUCUACAGUGAAACCAUCAUGUUGGGAGGUAAGGCUUUUAUUGACUUAGGAGCAAGUAUCAAUCUGAUGCCACUUUCCAUGUGCAGGAGAAUAGGGAACUUGAAGAUUGACCCUACAAGGAUGACACUACAGAUAGCAGACCGCUCCAUCACAAGACCAUUCGGGGUGGUAGAAGACGUCCUAGUCAAAGUUCGCCACUUCACUUUUUUGGUGAAAUUUGUAAUCAUGGACAUUGAAGAAGAUGAAGAGAUUCUUUUGAUCCUGGGGUGA